AUUUCAUAUCGUGAUCAUCCCCCCGCUCGCUCUUGGCUCGCUCGUCAAUUUCCUUACAAACAAUGAAUACCACGUUCGAUCCCUCGCUGUCGACAAGUGGCAUGCGCCCGCCUCUCACGUCGGCUGAUGCGCCGUCGAUGGCCGACUCAUUGCCUAGCAUCAACUUCGGAUUUGAGGACCUACGGAAUCGCAUGGCUCAAUUUACAGCUCGUUUCGAUGCCUUCAUCGAGCGGGGCCGUAAACAAGUUCUGGAGGAGAGAAAUCAAUUCAAAAGCGGAUUAGCAGAACUUCAGGAGGAUCAGCGCAUGAGACACAGGGAUAUCGAGAUCCUUGACUUGAAAGCACAAACCCAUCAGCAGACUCUACAGAAGGAGGCCGCCGAAGCCGCGGAAAUGCACGCGGCCAUCUCCUCCGUCACCUUGGAACGCGACUCUCGGCUUGCUAAGCGCGAUCGCUUGAAGCAGCAAAUCGACGAGACUCAGAAAACGAUUAACCAAAGACUGGAAGCGCAGAAGUCCCACGCUAAAUAUCUAGAUACACAGGCUCGACUCAACAUACCUGAAUUGGUUUUCUGGCAAGAUUAUCUCUGCUUACGAAUUGAGGGAGCGGGCCGCGAGGAUCGGUUGAAGUUCGUUUACACGCACUUAUUGGAGAAAGACUGGGACGCUGAGGCUUGGUUUGAGCUUGGAACCGCGAGCCGGGACUAUGAUGUCUUCCACACGCGACCCAAGAUCAAUCGAGAAGCCCUAGAACGGGAACUGGAUAUCGUAAAUGAAGAUCGCGAUUUUGGGGGUUUCCUGAAGAGGAUGCGGAAGUUGUUCGUCGAAACAAUGAAAUAACGAGCUACUGGACAAGACAGAAAUGCUUGAUGAUACAUGCUUAUGAAUACGACUCGGAUGAUGCUGCAGGAAAACUAACUGUAUGCGGGAAGAUGGACUCCCAGCGAAGCCGCAUCACCCCCGGGCAUUUGGCAAGCGAUUUGGAAAAUCGGGCGGCUGAAGGACACUUUCCAUAAGUUAGAGCCACUUAGUUAGCUUUAGUCAAUUUUCUAAAGAUCAGCCACCCGUGGCCUCGCGGUAGAACGAUAUGCUUCUACUUGCUCCCGCAGUGGCAAAUCCUUCCGAGCGGCCGAUUUUCGGCAGCCAUCUCACACUCCAGAUAGACUUCUCGGUUUCGGAGUGAGUGGCUACACAUGCCCUGGUGUCAAUUGACCACACCUUGACUUUUCCAUCGAAAGAGC